UUUAAAAUGUCAACGUUGUGGCGCAAAUUACAGGUUCCCGGCAAGCUAGACGUCUUCCUGUUUGAUAAGCUUUAUCGCAGGGGUACUACAGUUUCUAGCUUAGAACAGGGUGUUAGUUCUGUGCAUAAUCGGAUUUCUGCGGCGUUUAAGCCUGUUGGUUUUCUAGAGGUUGAUAUUUUGAAUGGUUCACCUGUGGACACUACUAUAACAUCUGCGACUCCAGACCCUUAUUUAGAGCGUUGGGCUAACGCCUCAAAAUGAUUAAUUAGACAUCAUUACUAUGAAAUCGCUAGAGAAGAGUGGUCGUAAGACCGUGGAUAACGGAUCUGGUUCCGUUGAGUUUUCCACUGAAUCCAUGUUACGUGACAUUAAGAAUGUAAUUGAUUCAUUUGGUGUGGAUGUAACAGAAUUUGGUGAAAACAAUGAGGAUGCAAUAGAUCUCAGUUCCCUCCCAAGUGAUCGUCUAUUGAUUCCUGAGGAUAUUUUGGAUGACACAGAGGAUGCUAAACCUACUUCGGCAGAUUCCAAAAGGUCUAAGCGGCCUUUGGACAAAGGGGUUGUUGAUGACAAAAAGCCAUUGAAAAAGUUAUCUGCGGCUAAGUUGGAAUCUCAGGAAACAUCUGAUACUACAUCUGCUGUGUCAUCAGAAAAUGCUGGGCCUCCUACGAAGAAACCUCGCACAUCAGUGCGUCUUGUAUUUACCAAUGUCGAUUCUUCUGAGGGUGAUUUUAAGUCACUGAUUAACAACCACGCAUCUGUUUGUGGUAAAUACGACAAUUGUUUCAUGACAGCUCGUGGUAAGGUUGUGGUUAUUGUGGCGAAUUCCGAAAUUGCCAAUGCUUACAUAUCACGUUUAAAUGGUUAUGAGUUGAAUGGUAAAUCCAUUUCAGUUUCUAUAUCCAGUCGUUUAUCCACAGAUGACGGUAAAAAAUCAUAUAUGCCAUCUAAGAAUUCUUACAAAUCUCUGGCAUUGCACAACGUACCAAAGCAGGUUGCGGAAUCUGAUUUAGCGAAGUCAAUCAGUGAUAUCCCUGGCGCGUCAUACAAAUGUCUUGAAAAAUCUGACAAUGGCACUUGGAAGGUAUCUUUUGAUACGGUACAGGAAUGUAUUAAGUUUAAUUCCUUAAUUAACGGCACUUCUUUGGUUUUUACUUUGGGCGACCGUACUAAGAAAUCACGAAUCCGUUGUGAGGCACCGUCAUUCGGGGUGAAGACCUCUCGUGCUGGACGUGUUUUCGUCCAGAAUUUACCUUUUAACACUAGUGUCAAGCACCUUGAGGCCUUGGCUCAUACUUUUGACAAGGGUGCUACUGUCCACAUGCCUGGUGGCGAUAAGAAAAAGGGAUUCGCGUUUAUUCAGUUUACGAAUGCCAAUGUGGCCAAUAAGGCCAUUCUUCGUUUGAACGGUUCUGAAUUCCGUGGUCGUAAUAUCCGCUUAACAAUGGCGCUUCCCACUGAGAUAUAUGCUGACAAGCCCAAGACAAGUGAAGGGGACCAUCCUGAAGACGAUAUUGAUCCAGACAAUGAUGAACACGAGGGCAGCGACACAAGUAACGCUGACCUUGAUGCGGCAACAGAAGAAGGCAAGUCUCUCAACGAAGAUACGGUUAAUCUGGAAAGCAAUAGCAGCGCUGACCAGCAGCAGCGCACAAUCUUCGUACGUAACCUUAGUUACGAAUCUACGGAAUCAGGUCUGCGAGAAUACUUCAACACCUUUGGUGCUGUGGAAUCGUGUAAGAUUUGCAAGGACAGCUCUGGUGGUAGUCGGGGCACUGCGUUUAUUAUGUUCAAGAAUGUCGAUGAUGCCCGGAAGGUAUUGGAUUUAGAGGAGCUUGCACUUGAGCGAGAUGCCGAAUUUGCCAGAUCCGCUGAAACGUCGCGUUCACGAGUGAAGUUAUCAAAAGCUGCUGGCCUUGGAUUUUCUUUGAAUGGUCGUAGGUUGAAGUUAUCUAGUGCAAUUAGCCGUGAGGAGGCUAGUACCCUGAAGAAGCGCGAGCCUGCACCGAAGGAAGAAUUCAGCAAUAAGAAGCACAGUGAACUACUUAUGGAGGGUGUAAUUCUGGAGACAUCUCCAGAGUUCCAGAAUCUGACUCCUGCUCAGAAGAAGUUACAGCUGGACAGUUGGAAGGAGAAGGUAGAGAAGAUGAAGAACCCAAACAUGUUUGUGAAUCCCAAGCGUUUAUGCAUUCGCAACUUACCAAACAACGUCGAUGUCAAUAAUUUGCGCACUGCUAUUGCAAGUCACUUCCGCAAGAGCGUAGACUUGAAGAAACUCUAUGGUACUGCUAAGGUGGAUGCCACUCGCACCAUAGGCAAGGUAACACUUCUAUCCGAUGAUAAGCGUAAGGUAACCUCUGGUGACACGGUAAUGCGAAGGAGAAAGCCUUUUGCAUUCAUUGACUUUGAUAAGGAGGAGCUUGCUCUGAGUGCACUUCGUUAUUUGUCUAAUAACUCUGAGCUGUUCGGGGUAAAGAAUUGUCUGUUUGCUGAGUUUGCCAUUGAGGACAGUCGUGCGCUUUACGUUCAACGUAAGCGUAAGGAACAAUACGACUCGAAGUUGAAGGAAGGUAAGGAGGCUGAGCCUGAUAAGCCAUCGAAGGCCAAAAAGCGCAAAACAUACAGCCGUGGUCAGCGGCAGCGUAUGAAGCGCAGGGAAAGCCGUGCUGCACAAUCUAGUGAGGCUGACGCCAUCUCCAAUUAGUUACCAAAAAUCCUUGGGUUUACCAUGGAACAUCUUUAUG